AACUUUCCAAAGCUCUAGAAACUGUCUUUUGGCGAAGAUGAAGAUUUUCAAGCCAGAAGAUUUUUCAUUGAAAAUCCAGAGGCAGAUGGCGUAGAAAGAGGCAAACUAUGCAAGAAGCACCAGGUUCUCUCUCUCUGGUGAAGGACCAACUUCUCAGCCGAACAGCUCCAAGCAAACCGUCCUGUCUUGGCAGGCUGCAAUCGAUGCUGCUCGACAGGCCAAGGCUGCCCAAACUAUGAGCACCUCCGCACCCCCACCUGUAGGAUCUCUUUCCCAAAGAAAACGUCAGCAAUACGCCAAGAGCAAAAAACAGGGUAACUCGUCUAACAGCCGACCUGCCCGCGCCCUCUUCUGUUUAUCACUCAAUAACCCCAUCCGAAGAGCCUGCAUUAGUAUAGUGGAAUGGAAACCAUUUGACAUAUUUAUAUUAUUGGCUAUUUUUGCCAAUUGUGUGGCCUUAGCUAUUUACAUCCCAUUCCCUGAAGAUGAUUCAAAUUCAACAAAUCAUAACUUGGAAAAAGUAGAAUAUGCCUUCCUGAUUAUUUUUACAGUCGAGACAUUUUUGAAGAUUAUAGCUUAUGGAUUAUUGCUACAUCCUAAUGCUUAUGUUAGGAAUGGAUGGAAUUUACUGGAUUUUGUUAUAGUAAUAGUAGGGUUGUUUAGUGUAAUUUUGGAACAAUUAACCAAAGAAACAGAAGGCGGUAACCACUCCGGUGGCAAAUCAGGAGGCUUUGACGUCAAAGCCCUCCGCGCCUUUCGGGUGUUACGGCCACUGCGACUAGUAUCAGGAGUGCCCAGUUUACAAGUUGUCCUGAACUCCAUUAUAAAAGCCAUGGUUCCCCUCCUUCACAUAGCCCUUUUGGUAUUAUUUGUAAUCAUAAUCUAUGCUAUUAUAGGAUUGGAACUUUUUAUUGGAAAAAUGCACAAAACAUGUUUUUUUGCUGACUCAGAUAUCGUAGCUGAAGAGGACCCAGCGCCAUGUGCGUUCUCAGGGAAUGGACGCCAGUGUAUCAUUAACGGCACGGAGUGUAGGAGUGGCUGGGUUGGCCCCAACGGAGGCAUCACCAACUUCGAUAACUUUGCCUUUGCUAUGCUCACCGUUUUCCAGUGCAUCACCAUGGAGGGCUGGACAGACGUGCUCUACUGGAUGAAUGAUGCUAUGGGAUUUGAAUUGCCCUGGGUGUAUUUUGUCAGUCUCGUCAUCUUUGGGUCAUUUUUCGUACUAAAUCUUGUACUUGGUGUAUUGAGCGGAGAAUUCUCAAAAGAAAGGGAGAAGGCGAAGGCCCGGGGUGAUUUCCAGAAACUGCGGGAGAAGCAGCAGCUGGAAGAGGACCUGAAGGGCUACUUGGAUUGGAUCACCCAGGCGGAAGACAUUGAUCCCGAGAAUGAGGAGGAAGGAGGAGAGGAAAGCAAGCGAAAUAGUAUGUAG